AUGACGCUUUCGUUAGGCAACAACAAGUACAAUCGCCAGAAUUGGGAAGACUCCGACUUCCCGAUUCUCUGCCCGACAUGUCUCGGAGACAAUCCCUACAUCCGAAUGAUGAAGGAUAAAUACGGAAAAGAAUGUUCCAUCUGUGAACGACCCUUUACCACUUUCAGGUGGUGCCCGGGUAGGGGAAUGAGAUACAAGAAAACGGAAAUUUGCCAGACUUGCGCAAAGAUGAAAAAUGUCUGCCAGACAUGCGUCUUCGAUCUCGAGUACGGGCUGCCUGUGGCUGUGAGAGAUCAUGCGCUGGGACUGAAGGAUGAUAUACCGACGGGUGAUUUCAACAAAGAGCAUUUCCACCAAAAUCUUGGAAAAGAACUGGCGCUACAAGGAGACGAUUUGAGAGAGGCGCAUUCAGCGCCGAAUGCGUUUUUGGAGAGAAUUUCGGCUGGGCGGAAAGGGCCGUAUUACAAACGAAACUUGCCGCAUAUUUGUUCUUUCUGGGUCAAGGGCGAGUGUAGAAGAGGAGAAGAGUGUCCGUACCGGCACGAGAAGCCAUCAGAUCCAGAUGAUCCGCUCUCUGUUCAAAAUAUUGUCGAUAGAUUUUACGGUACGAAGGAUCCCGUCGCCGACAAGCUCCUUCGACGAGCUGAAGAAAUGCCUUCCAUGGCGCCUCCAGAGGACAAGACGAUUACGACUCUCUGGUGCGGUGGCGUGACUUCUGCACUGACAGAAACAGAUCUUCAAGAGUAUUUCUACCAAUUCGGCGAGGUUGCUUGCAUCAACAUCGUCCAGAAAAACUCAUGCGCCUUUGUCCAAUUUACGAAACGAGAAUCGGCCGAGCACGCGGCAAACAAGUGUUAUGGAAGACUCGAUCUCAAGGGAGUUCGCUUGAAUGUUCGAUGGGGCAAGCCGCAGCAAUCAGGAGCGAAGCAUCACGCCGAUGUGGAGAAAACGACUCCCGUUCCAGGUCUUCCCGGGCCUCUACCGAACCCAGGAAAAGUCACUCAAUACGAUCCGUCCAAGAGAGCGAAACUGGCUGAAAGCGUGCCAAAACCAAUGUCUGAACCUAUUGAUCUGCCAACAAUGGGGGCAAUGGGAGCCCCUAGAGCGCCAUCUGAGUUUGCUGGACCUGACAAAGGAGGAAAUUCUGGCUUCCAGAAGAUUCAUUAUCCAUCGCAAUCGAAAGACAGAAUGGGCUCUGGAAAGUAUUCGCACAUGGCUCCCCCUUCUCAGUACAACAACGCAAAUCAGGGGCAGAAACGACCAGGACAAAAGCGCGCUGCAUCUGAUUGGAACUAA